ACAACGUAAACAGUUUUUAAUCAUGACUCAAUCCGUGUUUCAAAGACAAGUGAAACAUUUGAGUAAACGCAAUCGGUUAUUUAUCAAACAAUUUCAUCUGAUUGUAUUUAACUGUUAUUUAAUUUUGUUCUUGGCUAUUCUUUAAAAGUUCAUUGGCUAAUCCUGACCCUUGUCGUGUUUUCUAUUUAGCUGCUUCAAUUGUUUCUCGCUUUUAAAUUUCUUGGCUCCGUUUGACUCGAAAAUUUGUUUAUUAACAGACAGUGCGUAUAUGGCUUCUCGUUACGAUGCAAAAUACUGGUAAUCACUUGAACCAUAAUCGUGGUAAUCAGGAUGAGAAGGGACAAGCUGGCGAGGAACAGCACCAAAGUGAGCAAAACUCAACACCACCACAGCAGUCAAGUUAUGUAAGGUCAACUCGCAGAGAAAAAAAAAUUAAAUUAGAACGUGAUGAAUCUGUUGGAACUCGAAGAAACUCCGAACCCGCUGAAACUACCCUUGAAAAUGUUGAAUUGGCCAGAAAAGUAUCACCCUCUUCAUCUGCACCUGCUGGAUCUGCUGGAGGAUCAAGUGGCAAAAAAAGCAAACGAGGCAAAAAAUCUACCCGAGUUGACAUGAAUGCCAAAUUAGAACGAAGUCGUCAAAGUGCUCGUGAGUGUAGAGCCCGGAAAAAAUUAAGAUAUCAAUAUCUUGAGGAUUUGGUGAAUAAGAGAGAAAAGGCAGUUUUUUCAUUACAAAAAGAACUUGAUUCGUACAAAGAUUGGUGCAAGCAGGUUGACGAUGGAGCUAACCCGAAAGAAGCAUUUGGACAGAAAGUCAGAUUUUCAUAAAUAUUCAGUUUAAUUGUAAAGAUUGUCUUUUUCAAAAUCAAGAUGUAAACAAAAUAUUUCAUAAUUUUAUCAGAAUAUAUUUUACAUCCAUCGAUGUUCAUCAUUGGCUGAGGCUUCGAAUCAAAUCAAGACUACGACUGUUCAUCUAAACUUUUACUUGUGAAUUUCCAAACGUGUUUAUGACCACGGACAGCUGGUUUCAAUUGGACAACAUUCUUGAUGCAAAAACCAUGGACUACCACAGUAAAACUCUAUGGUUGAGAUAUCCACUCCUAAUCAUUAAUAUUAUUUGUUAUGAUCUGUUUUAACUUUUUAUUCAACAUGGCCUUGAAAAUUACUUCUCAUUUUAAAAACAAUGGGUUGAAACAUGAUUAUAAUUUAUAAAAUUUUAUUUUAGCUUCAUCAA